CCCUGGCCUGAGCAUUGGCCCUGGCCCUGUCCUGCUUCUGGCCCUGCCCUGGAGUUGACCAGGCACUGCCAUGGCCCAGUCCUGCAUUGCCCUGCCCUCCUCUGCCCUGGUGCUACCAUGGCCCUGCUUGGGCCCUAGCUCUGCCUCGACUCUGGACCUGCCCUGACUCUGCUCAGCCCUGGAUCUACCCUGACUCUGCCUUGGUGUUGCCCUCCCAUCUCUAUGGCCUGGCUCUGGCCAUGCAUUGCACAGGCCAUGCUCUGCCCUGCGUGCCUCAGCCUGGGCCCAGCCCUCAUCCUACCAUAUUCCUGACCCCAGCCAUACCCUUGUUCUGGCCAUGACCCUGCCGUGGCCCUCUCCUGGCCCUUCCUUGGUCCUGCCCUGCCCUUCCAUGCCCUGGCCUUGCCCUCACCCUGCAUUGGCCCUGCACUGGUCCUGCCCUGCCCUGGCACUGCCUUGGCCCCGGCCCUGCCUUCUCCCUGGCCUUGCCUUUGCCCUGCCCUGGCCUGACCCCAGGCCUACUGAGUCCAUGAAAUGGCCCUGGACCUGCCUUGCCAUCCUCUGUCCUGGCCCUGUAUUGUCUCCACCAUGCUCUGGUCCAGCAUUUGCCCUAGCCCUGUUGCUAGUCCUGCCACUGCUAUGGCCUUGCUCUGUUUUUGGCCAUGCCCUGUGCUACCCUAGCCCUGCCCUGCUUUGGCCUUGGCCCUACCAUGGCCUUCUCCUACCCUGGCCUGGCCCUACCCUGGCCUUUUCUACCCUGGCCUUGCCCUUCCCUGAUCUUGCCCUGCCCUGGCCUUGGCUUUGCCUUAUCCUGGUCCUGGUUCUGCCCUGACCCUGGCCUUGCUCUGGAUCCUCUCUGGUUCUGCUUUCUCCCUGGCCCUGCCCUUGCUCUGGCCCUGUCCCUG